GACAACUUGCGGGAGGAGAGCAGAUCGCUUCUUUUUGACAUCUCAAACACUCGUUGCACACCCGUCAAAAUGAGCGCAGACAACGGAGCAUCUGCCACUGAGCAGGAGAACUCCCGCAAUGUCAUCGGUAUCUCCUUUGGCAACUCGUACUCCAGCAUCGCCUACACAAACGCUGCAGAUGGAAAGGCUGAGGUGAUUGCCGAUCCUGAUGGAGAUCGUCAAAUUCCUACUGUUCUCUCAUACGUUGCCGGCGAAGAGUUCCACGGUGCACAGGCAAAGGCCCAGAUUGUCCGAAACCCACGCAACACCAUUGCCUUUUUCAGAGAUUUCCUCGGAAAGUCCUUCAAGGAGAUCGACCCAUCAGCGAACCACUCCAGCGCACACCCGAUCGAGCACGACGGCGGAAAGACAGCAGCAUUCCAGGUGCAAGAGAAGGAAGUCGCAGAGGGCGAGGAAGGUGAAAAGAGCACAUUGAGUGUCAGCGAAGUUGCAACAAGACACAUCAGGCGGUUAGCACAGGCUGCUGGAGACUACUUGGGCAAGCAGAUCAACGCUGCUGUCAUCACUGUUCCUUCAGACUUCACCGAUGCUCAGAAGGAGGCUUUGACGGUGGCUGCGAAGAAUGCUGGUAUCGAGGUGCUGCAGUACAUCCCAGAACCUGUUGCUGCUCUUCUGGCAUACGACGCCAAGAUCCAGUCUGCAGGCGAGUCAAACCCAGCACAACAAGACAAGGUUGUCGUUGUUGCAGAUCUUGGAGGCACCCGAUCAGACAUUGCUGUUCUUGCCAGCCGAAAUGGCAUAUACACCACUCUCGCGACUGCGCACGACUACGAAUUUGGAGGUGCCAGCUUGGACAAGGUGUUGAUUGAGUACGCUGCAAAGGAGUUCUUGAAGAAGAACAAGAAUGCCAAGGACCCCAGGACAAACGAGCGCAGCUUGUCAAAGCUCACACUGGAAGCUGAAGCCGUGAAGAAGGCACUCAGUAUUGGACAGUCCGCCAACUUCUCCAUUGAGAGCUUGAUCGACGGCAUCGACUUCACACUCACAGUCAACCGUACACGAUUUGAACUGCUCGCAAACAAGAUCUUCGCCUCAUUCACCCGUCUUAUUCAAGGUGCAGUCCAGAAGGCCGACCUCGAUAUCCUGGACGUGGACCAGAUCCUCCUCUCUGGCGGUACCUCACAUAUCCCAAAGAUCGCCUCAAACCUGCAGAGCGCUUUCCCAGAGACUACUGUCGUGGUUGCACCAAGCACCACACCAUCUGCAGUUAACCCAUCUGAGCUCACCGCACGUGGAGCUGCCAUCCAGGCAUCGCUCAUCUCAGAGUUUGAGCCCGCCGACGUCAAGGAGAACACAGAAGCCGUUGUGACGGUGACGCCCCACCUUCAGAACGCCAUCGGUAUUGUGUCCGGUGACGAUCAGUUCUCCGUCAUUGUUCCCGCAGACACUCCUGCUCCUGCACGGAGAACUGCACUCAUUCCCGUCCCACAAGGUGGUGAUGUGCUCGUCAAGCUCGCAGAGGGCGUGUCAGAAAUCAAGGUCACGCAAGAAGAGAAGCCAGCCACGAACGGCAAGAAGGAUGACGAUGAGGAUGACAGCGACGAGGACGAUUCCGAUGACGAGCCCGAGGAGAUCCGCGAGAAGGUCUACAAGACUGGCAAGCCCCUUGCCGAGUUCGCCAUCAAGGGCGUGAAAGCCAAGGGCCAAGUCGAGGUGCAGAUCAACAUCGCGGCGGACCUGACACUGACCAUCGUGGCGAAGGAGAAGGGCGGGAAAGGAGGUGUUCGCGGCGUGAUCGAGGCGGGCAAGGCGACGAGCAACGGCUCCGCUUAGAAGGCGAAAGUUGCGAUUCGACGCGGAUCUGUUUGGAGUAUGCAAUGAUGAUGACUUCGGGAGGAUAGAGAAAGCGGAAAUGCAUCGCAGCGACGAAAGGCAUGGAGUUGCUACAGAUAGAGGCGAAUAUUGAAAGCGUG